UCUUGGCUUCCUUCGCUCAGUACAUAGUAAGAUCUUACUCUCAACAUGAAACAGUUCUCGAUGGUUGCGGUCCUUGUGGUGGCCCUGGCAUGCCUGCUGAGCUGGAGCAGCGCCAUGCCUGAGCCCGACCCUGUAGCUGACCCUGACCCCGUGGCUGACCCCGGCUACCGUCGCUUCGGUGGAUUGGGAUAUGGUGGAUACGGUUUGGGCGGACUUGGAUACGGAUACGGAGGUCGUGGCUACGGAUACGGGGGCUUUGGAUACGGAGGAUAUCGUGGCGGAUUCUACGGAUGAAGCUGCUAGAUAUGACUACGGAGAUCUGUAGAUUUUUGGACAUGAGAAUUUUACCUUAUUUUCUGUUUUCUUUUCUGUUUCUUCUGAAAUAAACUCUGUGAACGAU